AGAACACAAGGCAACCAGAGCAACACAUUCACUCCCAACACAAACAUCAGAUAUCUCUCGGGAAGAAACCUUCUGUCUUAGACAACAACACUUGAUACUGACACCUUUCCUGUAAACAUGCUGCAAAUGUACGUUUGUUAAGGUUUAGAUGAUGAUAAAUUGAUCAACAUGAAGAAAACAAGUAUAGCAUCAAUAUUACUGUCUUGAUGAGAAGUCCACUGUAAGUUUGUGUACGUUUUCUGAUUACAAAUGCCUUUAACAUAAGUUUGAGCGUUUAAUAUUUUAUAAAUGAUAUUGCACAAAGCAAAAAGCACCUGCUCUUAUAUGCCAGCAUCCAAACAUUAAAACAAUGCAUAAGUAGGGCAAAGGAAAUGUACAGUUUCCAUGCUCUGCCCAUUUACCUCCCAACAGAGGACGUCUUUGUUUCUUUGUCCAGAUUAAUGACAGAUUCCUGAAACUGAAGGUUUUUUCUCUCUCUCAUUGGAAACCACCUCACCUGACACCACGUGAAUACUUUAUGCAGGGAGUGGCAGUGUAGCGCGUUGCCAUGAAUUUCCCAUUUUUUCUACAGUUGUGACUCAGCAAAUGCACCUUUCAGAAGUCUAUUGUCCACUGGGAGAUCUGGGAAUGUGUGUAUAAGUUUUGGAUGAUUGCAUAUGAGCUGUUUCAGGAAUCAUGGAUGCGGUGUUAUUGGGGAUUGUCAUACUACAAGUUUUCACAUCUGUUCUGUCGUUUGAUAACGGGGCACCAGCUUCAUCUUGUGUGGAUAUGAUGCCGGAGCACAAAGGGGUAAAGCCCCAGCCGAACCCUGCUCCAUACUCCAUCCAUCCGAGCAACACGACCUUCCAGACCGGAAAACCCAUCACAGUUGUAAUCGAAGGUCCAGACUAUCGAGGUGUGCUCCUUGAGGCUCGCUCUGGAUCCAACCCCAAAGCAAUAGGAACCUGGCAGACACCUCCAAUUAACACAAAGUUCUUAGCGUGUUCAGGAAACCAGCAAAGUGCCAUCACUCAUGCAAACACCAACAUAAAAAACAACUCCACCGUCUACACCUGGAUCCCACCAGAUACAGCGCAAAACAUCGUCUUCAUAGCGACCAUAGCACAGGAUCGCACUGUGUUCUGGGUAAAAGUGAUGUCAUCCGCUUCAAGUGGAGCAGGAGGAACAUCACUAGAUGUACACAAUAGUGCUGAAAGGAUUGUCACACUUCUCCUGAUGCUUUCUGUCGUUCUGCUGGCAAAUGUUCAAUUCCUGCUUGCUUAAGAAUGGUCCAGACUGAUUGAACCAUACUAGGUCAAAGUUACUGCACAUAACAUAUUUAACCAGCAUUAAACAUUAGGCACACAAUUUUAUUUGCCUGACUCAUGUUUAGCAGAUACUUACAUGGGCAUUUAAACAAAAAUAAGAUCAAUAAAUAUAAUCCACCAUAA